AUGGAUAGGUGGGCGGAUUGGGCACUGCUGGAGGAGGAGGGUGCAGUGUUUAUGCCGGGAGGGGAGGAGGAUGGGGCUGAGGGAGGCGGGAAAGGUGAGGAAGAGACAUGGAGGGUGGUCGGACGCUUUUUGACUCAAAAGUUAAUUAAACUAGAUUUUAUGAGGCAGGUGUUAGCGUCAGUUUGGCAGCCAGUGCGUGGGGUACAGGUAACGGAGAUUCAGAGGGGCUUGUUCUUGUUUGUUUUUUUCCACAAAACGGAUAUGGACUAUGUGCUGAAUGGGGGCCCCUGGGCUUUUGAGAAUAAUGCUCUUAUGUGUCGGGAGGUGUUGGACGGGGUGAAUCCUGUGGAUGUGAAGCUGGACAUGAUUGAUAUGUGGGUACAGCUGCAUGACAUGCCUAAGGGGUACACAUCUCACGCAAUUCUGGAACAGGCAGGGAAUUUUCUGGGCUCUUUUGUUAAGCAUGAUGAGCGAUUUGAAGGGGCACCGUGGUUAAAUUUUCAUCGUAUUUGGGUGUCAAUUCCGGUUGAUAGGCCUCUUUGGAGGAGGAUGAGAUUAAUGAAGAGAGACAAGACUACAACGUGGGUUAAUUUCAGGUACGAGCGGUUGCAUAAGUUUUGCUACUUUUGUGGGUAUAUGGGUCACUUGCAUACUUUCUGCCUCCAGGCUAGGGAGGCGGAAAUUCCAGUGGAAAGGUACCUGUACGGUCCGGAUAUGCGGGCUGGUGAGUCCCGGAGCGCUCCUAGAGCAGUUGGGGAUAGCUGGCUCGUGCCGGUAGGCGAGAAACCACAUCCAUUGGUAGCAAAGCCACGAAUGAUUGAGGCAGUAGACGGGGGUCGGGGAGGUGGGGGAGUCACACCCACGAGUAUGUCUGAGGAUGAGGUGGUGGUGGCUACAGCAAAGCGUCGUAGGCAUGGGACGGUGGGAUGGUGGGAAUGA